AUGGGCAGUUUGCAUCACAUCAUUUCGUUGCUACAUUCGAGCAAUGCUUCGGUUCUUGAAUUUCUGAUAAAAACUUUGGUCUUCUUAAAAGAUGACGAUGAAGUUAAGAAGCAAGCUUCCUGUUUGUUGUUCUUAGUGCUAUUCAGCGAUUUUGUUGUUACAAACGGAAAUUUUGUUUCAAUGCCAAAAUGCCUUUCAUCGUUGAAUUGUCCAUUUAAAUUUGAUCAACAUUGGAUUGAAAGUCCUUUCAAUGUGUUUUCAGAAAUUGAAGAAGUUGACAUUGCAAUCAAAGCUACGAAUGAAACUGGAGAUAUUUGCAGAAUUUCGCAACAACUUUUACGAUUCUCUUUCGCUUAUGAAUGGUUCAAAGAUCCUGAGUCAUUAAUUCAUGUAAACUUGAGUGACUUUUCCAAUGGCGAAUUUUAUUACAAGAAUCUUAAUGAAAAUGUAUUGAAAGUUUCUGCAAUACUUCGACUCACAACUGAUGACAUCAUUUUUCUAAAGCAGUCAAGCAUCUCUGAAAUUAUUAAAGAAAUAACUUUCCAAAUGGAUAAUGCAAAGACAGUUCAAGAAGUUCAAAAUCUUACAACUCAAAUUCAAACUUUUCUUCUCAUUCCAUCCGAUAGUUCAGAUGUUUUGUGUGCAAGAUUUUAUGAAAGUAUGAUGAUGAUGAUGAAUGAUGAAAGUAUUUAUCGAGUGUUGGUUUACGAUGACGAAAAUGAAGCUCAGAAGGAAAUGUUUUUAAAAUUAUUGCAAAUUUAUCAGCAAAUUAUGAAGUGGCUUAAAGAUGAAAAUGUUUUGGGUUUACUAAACACGAACUUCCUCAUUGCACUCAUCAAGACCAAUUUGGAAUUUCCAGAAGAUAUUUUCAUUGAAGGUCUCAAUGUUAUAGACUGCAUCGUCAAUUUAUGUGAAGUUCGUGCACCAUUGAAAGAUGCUGUCAUAAUGAAAUAUGAUCGUGAAGAAAGAUUCAACUUUCCUUCAAGACUUGUCGUUAAAUUCACAGGAAAACUUUUCCAAGAUGUAAUGAAAGAUGAAAAGUGGAAUGAAGUCAAUCAUCAUGGCAUUGUCAAAGCCAUUUUGAGAUUAAUUAAAAGUCUUUUAAAUGUAAUGAAAUGCUCUGAUCUUGAUGACACGUUUUUAUGUUCACUCUUUGGUCAUCUUUCAUCAGUAACUUUGUCAUUACGUUUGUCUUAUCAAGAAGACUUGNUUGCUUUGGCUUAA